GCACUCUCUGCUCCUAUUAGUCAACAGGGAAAGCCCUGCCCACGUAACCGCUGGUCUCUCACCUCCUACUGGUUGUCGGACCGCCCACCCAGAACGAGAACAAAACAAUCGGCAUCCCUCAUACAGUGCAACUUAAACAAGAGGACCCGAGCCAAAUUUUGAUACUAAAGACCUUUGUCACCGGCACGGACGCCACCGAGGGAGACAUGGUUUCUCCGGUAACAGUAGUCAAGAGUGAAGGCCCCAAGCUGGUGCCGUUCUUUAAGGCCACCUGUGUGUACUUUGUCCUGUGGCUGCCCACCUCAAGCCCGUCCUGGUUCAGCGCACUUAUCAAAUGUCUACCCAUCUUCUGCCUCUGGGUGUUUUUACUGGCACAUGGGUUCAGCUUCCUCGGUGCUCACUCCAAUGCCCGCAAGAUCUUGGCUGGCCUCAUCUUUUCUGCUCUGGGAGAUGCCUUUCUCAUCUGGCAGGAGCAGGGCUACUUCGUCCACGGCCUUCUGAUGUUUGCCAUCACCCACAUCCUCUACUCAUCUGCCUUCGGGAUGAAGCCUGUUAACGUGUCUGCUGGCCUGGUGAUCACUGCGGUGUCGUCUGUGAGCUACAUGCUGCUAUACCCCUACCUGUCUGGCCCCUUCACCUACCUGGUGGCCGUCUACAUCGCUCUGAUCGCCUUCAUGGGCUGGAGGGCCAUCGCGGGCCUGCAGCUGACCAACGACCUGUGGACCUGGACCAAACUGUGCUCCUGCCUGGGUGCCGUGCUCUUUAUGGUCUCCGACCUGACCAUCGCCGUCAACAAGUUCUGCUUCCCCGUGCCCCAUUCGCGUGCCAUCAUCAUGGCCACCUACUAUGCCGCCCAGAUGCUGAUAGCGCUGUCGGCUGUUGAGUGCCAGGACGCGGAGGCGGCCAGGAAGAGAACAUGAGGUGCCGCAAUGUCCGCAGUGAACGGCCGCGAGGGUGGGAAGGGAGCAGAGACCUUACCCCCCUCCCGCCCUGAGUGAUCAUGGACACAUCUCACUGUAAUAUCCCCAGCCCUCAAUCCUCAUCUCAGUGUGACGCUAACACGCCGUUGUUAGCAUGACAACUGGUUCACGACGGCUAUCACCCUACUACCCCGCUAGUAAGGUAGUCUCACACUCGUCUUCUUACCACGAAGAUAUGGCAGUAUUAUCUUCAGCCUCUCAACAACAGUUACCUGCCUCCUCCGAUCUCUCAACCUAGUUACCAUGGAGAUAAGCCUAGUAAUUUUAACCUGCUAUAUAUAUAGAGAGUAUUACUUUACUUCUAACUGUUAUGUUUUAAUUUAAAGGGGGGCAUGUCACUGGGGACCUUUUGAGGAGUUAGUGGGAGAGCAAUUGUGUGUGUGUGUGUGUGUGUGUGUGUGUGUGUGUUUGUGUGUGCAUUUAUGGGCAUGAUUAAUACUCUUACCUUGCAUUCCAUACAGACCCAUCACACACAGUCCCCACACUGACUCCCACCCCACAUCUACGUUACAUGGUCCAAUAACACAAUUGUCACAUCUUAUUUUUGUCAUUUUUUGUUGUUGCCUGAGACCUUGUUAAAAAGGGAUUUGUCUUUCCCAUUAGCUUUUUACUCUCUGUUGCUCUGGGUUUUCCUGAGUUAACGCUGUGGUAGGCAGUAUAACUAUGCUAGCUCUCUGCAUCAUUAAGAUCUGAUUGAGGAGCAUAUUAAGCUCCAAAAUGACUCAGGACUGGUGAUGUUUUUUCAAAUAUCCGUAAUAACCUUUUAGCAUAUUGUAAUUCAAGUGGUCUGAGAGAACGCAAGACUUCUGUGCCUCUGCUUGGCUCUGUAUUUAAGCUUGAGAAAAAAACCAUGAGUCACUUCAGAGAGAGAGAGAGAGACUUCCUAUUGGCUGUUCUACACAUGCAGACAGAGAGGGAAGAGCUGCACAAAGAGGUUUCACCCUACGUUAAAUGCUUCUUUUUUUUUUUGCUUACUGCCUACUGCAGCUCAAAGGGUGCUAUUGUUAAAGGAAAACACCACCUAAAUUAACAUUUCCAACAUGUUUUCUCCUAACCCAAACCAGAGAAGUAAGCCUCAAAUGUCUUUAAGUAUAAAUCUGGAGAUGCUCCAUAGACAAUGAAUGGGGAACUGAGAGAAUGGGUGAUUUUGUGGACCCACAGAAGUUUUUUUUUUUAUACCCAAAUUAACUUCAUUCUAUUGUACUGUUCUCAGAAUAUUCCCCUGGGUGCGCUCAGUGUCAUCUAGGGAAUACCAUCUUUCCCAAUUCAUUUAAAUUUGCAGCAGUUCCACACUUUAUACUUGAUGACAUCACUCAUUGUAGUUUUAGCACUUGAGUUUUUGAAUUUGGUUCAUAUGUUAUAUAUUAUUUUUGGACUGUUGUAGACCAUGGAAAAGUUCCUCUUCAAAGUCAGUGCAUAUCCAAACCUGCUUUACUUUUUGUAGUCCCCUACAUGUAAUUUAUAACACCACCACACUGCCUUUGUGUACUGCACUAACAUCCUCAACAAGUCCACACCCAGUCGCUUCGGUGAAUGAGUUAGGAUGUCCUUAUAUAACUAGAUGUACAGAGUAAGAACGACGGAGACCGAGACAAAAAGGUGGACAGGCAAGCAGGGGUUAAGUUGCGUGACUGCCACAACCCCCGUGUAUUGUAGCUAUAGUAACUGAGAGGUGGAGGUUGUUUGUGGAAGCUCGGUUCUUCCUGCUAAAAUGUUGUUGACGCUGUCCUGCUGUCACAAAGAGAACACAGUAAACAGUCCCAGCUGACCACAGUACACAUUCUAACAUGCUGUACAUCCAACCUGCUGUUUUACAGGGACUUUUGCCUGCCUCUUUUUCAGAAAACGUCGACGCGCGCACAGACACACUAGACACCCCUUGAGACCCCCGAUGUAGUCAUUAGGAAAAGGCCACGGGGGUCUUAUUGCUGGACUCGAACAGCCGACCCAUGCUGUCACUGGCCUGAAAGCAUGUGACUGGCUGGCCUCUUUUUUGAUGUUUAUCUUGUGUGCGUGUGUGUGUUGUUAUUGUUAUUGUUAUCAGGCAUUCACUCUAUCACAGCAACACACACAUGCAUAAAACAUGCACAUAAGCAUAGACAAUAUCCUGGGGCAGCCUGACUGAAAAAAGUGAGAUGAUAGAACUGACUUGUCAUGUGAGGGAACAGUUUCCCCCAUUAUUCCUAAUAAUUCUUUGUCACGGGACAUUUAUCAGUGUUAAGCCCGCAAAAUCCCAGACAGGUCAGCUGAUAUUUUGUCUUUCAUCUAUCACAUAUUUCCCCCUUUUACUUUUCAUUUGUUUCCCCCAACGGUUUAUGCUAGGAUGAAGUGUCUCACUGAAUUUGAGGGAGUGUACUGUAACACUUUUCCUUGUGUACAUACAUGCAUGUUUUCAGUGUGUGCACAUGUGUGAGAUAGUGUGUGUGGUGUCCUUGUCUUGGCUGUUGAGUAACAAGUGUGUGCCUGUGACAAGUCAGAACCAACUCAACCUCUGAAUGUUUUAUAGCAAUUUCAGCAAUUUACCCCGCAGAGAUCUGAGGAGCAGUCAACAAUAGUCCUCAUUAAUUCACCGGAUUUAAAACGCCAACACUAAAAGACCGAGUAAAGAAGCAGAAAACACGUUCAUCCGGUGGAAUUUCCCGCGGCCCAGGUGCAAUCCUGGAAGUGGAAAGAAAAGGAAAUAGACUAACUUGAGCAUAAUAGUAAGUCCGCUGGUGGACAAGCCUCCUCUUGACUAUAUCCUAUACACCACUGGCAUUAUGAUUAAUACCCCUAGCAGCUUGUAUCCUGGAAACAAACAGCAAAGGGACAGCUCCACAUUCUCCUUAAUAUGAUUAUAUUGUGCUUUAGAUCAAACAAACAGGCAUAGGGAAGAAAAACAGACUAAUGGAGCUUAUUGGUAACACAAGAAAACAUACGCAUAUCAAAAGUUGUUUAUGCAUCACAUCAGCCAUCAUGACAGAUCUGCAGGCAGACCAUAGUGUUGACACAGGUUUCUUAAACAGCAACAGUAGCACACAGUCCCACUUUGACCGGGAAUGAAAGUCAGCACAAGCGUCUGUUCCUGACGCCGCUUUGCCGGUUGGUUCCUCUCUCCCAUUUUGCCCCGUCAGCACCAUAUAUCUGCUUUGUCAGUCAGAAGUGUUUCGGUCUGUCCGCGUGGUAACCUGCCUUCAAUUUCGUGUUUUAAUUACUCCUCCCAGCAUUGCUGCAACGUCCUACUCAGCAGCCCUCUUCUCAUUCAACUCAGAAGCAGAACUUGUCCUGUCAACAAUUCAUAUAAGCCUUUGUGCGAAAAGACGUCCAGAGAGACAUGCAUACGUCUGCGUUAUGCUGUCUUAAAUCAAGCAGAGAUGCUGGUUAACAUGAUUGACUAUCUAGUAUGCAGUGGGAAGUGAGACCACCAGGGAUUGAGGAAAUUGAUUCUUACUCAUCCUUACUAUGUGGGUAAUUCAUGUAAACACUGCUUUUGUUCUUUGUAUACCACAUUGUGUUCCGACUGGCAACAUGCCAGAAGAAGUACUUUGAAGUAUUUGUGAGAUGAAUCCACACUUUGGAUCACCGCCAUGACUUUGGAAAGUGAAGUUGCUUUUCUGAGAGUGAUAAGAGUGGCAGCCUGUUAAGCUAGAACUCAACUACCACCACUAUUGUGAGAGUAAGUUGCCAGUUAUUAUACCUAUCCGGGUGAUUGAGUUGGGAAUACUCACUCUGUAUCUCCUCCAUCGUUUCUAUUUUUACUUGCCUUGAGUGCAGAUAACCAAAGCUGAAA